GAAAGAAAAGGAAACGUGAAUGGAAGAGGAAGAGGGAGGAAGUGGCUCCAUCAAUCAACUUGCAUGUGUGAAUCUUUGGUGUUCUUAGAUGGAGAACAAGGAUCACGUGCUUGAAUCAUCAUCAUCUCCAUCACUCAAUCAAGAAGUCAGAAUCAUCUCUUCAUCCUAAUAUUCAUAAGCUCAGCAAUCAUGAGGCCUGGAGUAAUGCUUCUUUAUCCUUUAUAUGCAUCAAUGAGAGCAAUUGAAAGUCCUUCAACCUUAGAUGAUCAACAAUGGCUAACAUAUUGGGUUUUAUACUCUUUCAUAACCCUCUUUGAGCUUUCAACUUACAAGAUCCUAUCUUGGUUUCCUAUUUGGCCAUACAUGAAGCUUGUGUUCUGUUUAUGGUUGGUGUUGCCAAUGUUCAAUGGAGCAGCUUACAUAUAUGAGAAUUAUGUGAGGACAUACGUCAAGAAACUUGGUAACUAUGGAGGUUAUAAUUAUCCUGAGGAGUACAAGAAGGUUCUGCACAUGAUGACGUUGGAUGCAAGAAAAGCGGUUGAACGUUAUAUUGAUAGAUUUGGUCCAGAUGCAUUUGAGAGAGUGAUUAGAGCAGCUGAGAAAGAAGCAAAGAAACAUUGAGUGAGGGUAGAUUUAACCAAGAUGGCAUGAGAAGAAUGUAAACAUGUUAUAAUAAAUCAAUACUUCUUUCUUUCUGUAUAUCUAGCAUGUAGAAAACUGAUGAGUUUCAGAAUUGUUAUAAUUAAACUGAUGAGGUUCUAAGUAUCAUGAGUACAAGAAUGUUCUUCAAUAU